AUGUCAGCUAGAUCAAUUGCUAAAAUCGUCACUGCUAGACAGCAAGCCGAAGGUGUUGGUGCCAGAGUCAGAAGAUCCAUUGGUAUCAUGAACCAGAGAGAGUUCAACCCGUUCUUGAUGUUUGAUCAUUUUUCCAGUUCCGGCACCAACGGGUUCCCAGAACACCCACACAGAGGACAAGAAACCAUCACGUUGGUGUUACACGGGGCCAUUGCCCAUGAAGACUUCACUGGAUCCAAGGGUAUUUUGUAUGCUGGUGAUUUGCAAUUCAUGACUGCCGGUAAAGGUAUUGUGCAUUCUGAGAUGCCAGUGCCUAACGCAGAUGGGUCGCCAACUGUUGGGUUGCAAUUGUGGGUGGACUUGCCGGAUGCGUUGAAGAACUGUGCUCCUAGAUACAGAGACUUGAGAGAAUGGGAGAUCCCACAGGUGGUAACAGAUGACGGUAAGGUGACCAUCAAGGUUAUUUCAGGAAGAUCACACGGAAUUGAGUCCAUCAAGGAAUUGGCGUACACACCUAUCAACUACUACUACUACAAGGUGAAAGCUGGUGGUAAGUUCAAACAAGAGUUGCAACCGGGAUUCAACUACUUCUUGUAUGUGUUGAACGGGAACGAUUUUGUAUUGAACGGAGACACCAAGGUAGACCAGUACCAGAAUGUGUUUUUUGAAGAGAAGGGAGAUUACAUCACCGGUGAGAACACAGCCAGUGAAGACAGCAAGGAGUCGUUAGUUGAAUUCAUUUUGGUUGGUGGUAAGAAGUUGGACCAGCAGCUGGUUCACUAUGGGCCAUUUGUUGCCAGCUCGGAACAAGGUAUUGAGGAUGCUAUCAUCAGCUACCAGUAUGCGCAGAAUGGGUUUGAAAACAGAAAGACCUGGAAGACGUUGAUCAGUGAUGGUGUGACACAGGAUAUGAUUGACGGUCCAUUGGAAGGUAGUCUUGAGAAGAGAGAAGCCACCAAGAGUGCAUAUUUAGAUAAACAAGAAGACAAAGCAGCUGAGAAAGUCUAG